AUGGGCUACGAGCGUCUCGUUCCGAAAGCCUAUGAUUUCGACUUUCUGUACAUCUCUUCAAGUCUCGAACCCGCGCGCACGACUCCCAGCGUUCGUAUCAUCCCAACCCACACAUAUGAAACAGCUCCUCGCGAUCUCGACAUCCUCCUCAUCGCUGGGCCGUCACCGUCGCACCGACCAGCCGGGUCGACAGAGUUCCUACGCGAGGCUUUCGACAAGACCAAGGUCAUAUUCACCGUAUGCACUGGGUCGCUUUGGCUGGCCAGCUCUGGGGUGUUGAACGGCAGGAAAGCAACCACAAACCGCAUGUUCAUCCCCGUUGCCAAACAGCUUUACCCGGACGUUGAAUGGCUGGACCAGCGCUGGACUGUGGACGAAGAUGGCCCAGGCGCAAAACUCUGGAUCGCUGGCGCUGCGUCGCAUGGCAUGGAAAUGAUCGCAACCUACGUCUUGCAGCAUUUCGACCCUGAGAUCGCUGCGCUUGCGUGCGAAGCCAUUGGGUUCCACCCCUCCGCCCCCUUCGAAAGAGGUCAACAAUAUGCAGGCCCGCCGUUAGAGGCCGGAAAGGUGCCUGCCUAUCGAUUGUAA